AUGGCUGAAUUACUUGCUUCUCUGGAAAACUAUCGCGUAUCUUCAGAAUCGGGGUUCCUCCCAUCUUGCCCGCCUUUAGAGCGAUUGCCGAAUCUGUACUAUGAACCCUGGGAGACGGUUGCCACCAGUCUAGCGAAAUUUAUCGACAAUGGGACAUUGAAAAAGAGAGUUCAUUCAAUGCCUGUUCUUUCCACGGCGUUUUUGCUCACAGAGGAGGAGUGGCGGAGAGCAUGUGAUACUGGGCGGUUGCCUCUGAGUAUAUCCCAGCCGAUGAUCGAAGUGUCCUCUUACCUUGGGCUACCGCCAGUUCCCACAUAUGCAGGGCAAGCGCUGUGGAAUUUCCGCCGAGUGGGGGACAGUUACCUGGCCCUACGGCCGGAAGAUGUCGAGACACUGGUGUCCUUCACUGGAUCCUCGGAGGAAUCGGGGUUUUUUGCAGUCAUCCUAUCUAUUGAGGCUCGUGGAGCAGAGUUGAUCCCUACUAUGCUUGAAGGCAUCGAGGCUGCCCGGAGACAGGACUCUCGGCUGCUGAUGGAUUGUUUCCGGACGGCUGCUGGAGUAUUGACAGAUAUAGCAUCUCUCCUGCAGGGCAUGCAUAAGAACUGCAACCAAGAGUUCUUUUACCACCGUCUGCGGCCAUUCCUCGACGGCAUCAGGAACCUGGACUCAGUAGGGCUUCCGGAUGGAGUGUUCUUCGAGGAGAAACAUGGGGGUCAGUAUCGAAAGUAUUUCGGACCAAGCAACGCGCAAAGCUCUCUCUUUGCAUUUAUCGAUAUCACCCUAGGGAUAAAGCACGAGCAAGAGGGUUUUGAGGGGAAGACCGCAACACACAAAAAUACAUAUCUCAAGGAGAUGCGGAUAUAUAUGCCCCGACCUCACCGUGAAUUACUGAAUGAUGUUGAACGAGUGGCCAAUAUCAGAGAGUUUGUUUGUGCCCAUCCGGAGGACAUGCGACUGCAAGAUACAUACGCAGACUGUCUUGCAGCUCUCGCUCACGUUCGGCAGGCUCACAUCCAAAUGGUCGCGAGAUACGUGGUUAUCAUGGCUAAGCGGCCACUCGCUGAGAAGAGUGAUGGGCAAUCGAAUAGUGAUGCGCGGCGUGGGGAAGGUGUGAAUGGGACUGGGGGUACCAGUUCCAUGUCAUUUCUGAAGUCAGUUCGGAAUUCAGUGCUUCAGGCAAAAGGUGAAACUGCUUCGAAAAUACAUGCUUACCCUCAACGCUGA